AUGCCCAGAAGAGGGUUAUAUCUACAAGGCAAGACCCGUUGGUUACUUGUUGGACUUGCUCUGGUUUUCAGCCUAAUGCUUCUCACAUAUCUCUUGGAAUGUGCACCAGCCCCAGAAGGAAAUGGUUCACUGCCCGGAAUCGCCGGAGAGAUGUAUAGCAAGGAAUACUACCAGGCUCUUCUUCAGGAACAAGAGGAGCAUUAUAAAAGCCGAGCAACUAGUCUAAAGCGCCAGAUUGCUCAGUUAAAGCAGGAGCUUCAGGAGAUGAGUGAAAAGUUGCGAUCUGCACAUGACAAGAAACUUGCCAAUGGUGCCGGACACCAGGGUACCAAAGAGCAACCGCCUAAUGAUCUACUUGAAUUUCUGCACUCUCAGAUUGACAAAGCUGAGGUUGUGGUGGGUGCUAAACUUCCUAGCGAAUAUGCUGUUGUUCCGUUUGAGAGUUUUGAUUCUAUGAAGGUUUAUCAGUUGGAGAUGGGUCUGACACGGCACCCAGAGGAAAAACCAAUUAGGAAGGACAGGAGGGAUGAACUAGUCGAAGUUGUAGAAGCUGGCCUGGAGGUCAUUAAUAAUCCAGAUGAGGAUGAUGAGGAGCCAGAGAACCGAGGAGGCGAUAAAGUUUUAUUUACAGAAACUGAUUUUGUUGAAGGAUAUUACCGAACCGAGAGGGAUAAGGGUUCCCAUUAUGAGCUCUUCUACAAGAAACCGGAAUCUGGAAGCUACCGCCACAUCACUUUAUUCCGACCGUUCGGCCCACUCAUGAAGGUCAAGGUGGAAACACAGGAUGUCUCCAGGACAAUUAUCAAUAUCAUUGUCCCGCUGUCUGGCCGAACAGAGGCCUUUGCGCAGUUUAUACAGAACUACAAAGAUGUUUGUAUUCGGCAAGAUAAAAGGACUUACCUGACUGUGGUCUACUUUGGUGAGGAUGGUCUAUCGGAAGUUCAGAAAAUCCUUAAAACUAUAGAAAGUGAUCAGAAUUCCCAUAAUUACACAUUAAUUCCACUGAAGGAGGAGUUCAGCCGGGGGCGUGGCCUGGAGGUUGGCGCAAGGGCCUGGGACAAGGACGAUGUUCUGCUUUUCUUCUGUGAUGUGGACAUCUAUUUCACACCAGGAUUUCUAGAAACAUGCAGAAUAAACUCAGAAACGGGCAAGAGAGUCUUCUAUCCAGUUGUAUUUAGUCUUUACAAUCCUGCAAUUGUGUAUGCCAAUCUAGAUGCACCACCCUCCGUGGACCAACAGCUGGUUCAUAAGAAGGACUCCGGCUUCUGGCGAGAUUUUGGGUUUGGCAUGACUUGUCAGUAUAAAUCAGAUUUCUUAUCAAUAGGUGGCUUUGAUUUGGAAGUCAGAGGCUGGGGAGGGGAAGAUGUUCAUUUGUACAGAAAAUACCUCCAUGGAGAUUUGAUUGUGGUGCGGACACCAGUGCCAGGUCUGUUUCAUCUAUGGCAUGAGAAGCAUUGUGUGGAUGAACUCACUCCAGAGCAGUAUCGCAUGUGCAUUCAGUCUAAGGCCAUGAACGAGGCCUCUCACCCACACCUCGGCAUGUUAGUGUUCCGGGACGAAAUCGAGGCCCACUUGCACAAGCAAGCCUUCAGGACAAAUAAUGAACCAGAGGCAUGA